AUGCCUACGUAUCAACGUUUUUCAUUUCUGAUCAUUUUCCUGACAUCUUACAUUGUUCUUUAUAAUUUGUUCUCUGCGAAAAUACAACCAAAUCAACAACCAGCCCAAAAGGUUUUGCUUAGCGAAAAAAAUGAGCCAAUCAAGAGCUACAAUGGAUACAAGUUUUCUUGUUCAAACUGUAAAUAUGGGAAUACUCCAUUGGAUGAUGCGAGAUCUCCUUUUCCACUAAAUGGAAAUGAAAUCUUUAUCUACAAGGCGUAUUAUGAUUGGAGGUUAAAUGUCCUGAAUACGGUUGUUUACACGCGGCAACCGACAUCACAUCGACUCCUUUCACCGAAGAGCCGCCGAAUGAGGCGAGUCGUUAAAAUCACCGUAAAUAGAGGAGAGAAAUCGGUGAGGUUAAAAGUGAAUUUUGUCCCAAAAACGUAUGAAAAGGGGAUCACUUCGUGUUUGGAACCGCUUCAUUGGUUCACCGAAUGGCCACGAUUAAUCGUUUUCAUGGAACUUUACCAGUUUCUCGGCUAUACGAAAUUCCUUUUCACUUGGACCACGAUGACAAAAACUGUGAAGAAAGUGUUGGACUACUAUGUGGAGAAGGGUAUUGCUGAACUUCGACCCUAUCCAUUGGUGCCAUAUACGGAUACAGCGAGCGUCGAUGAAAUUGUUUAUCUACACGCAAGGGCUAGCUUUGCAGGAGCGAAAUUGAGUAAAAAGUCGCUGAACGGCACUCAAAAUCUGAUGCCAGAUGUGGAUUUAUUGGGAAAGGAUGUCGAGGAAAAGCUGCAAAAAAUUCGCGAUGUAACAAAAGAAAUUUUCGGCGAAAACCCGCCGCCUUUCUCUCGUGAAACUUCAGAAGCUAUGGCAAAAUGCACGGGAAAUUGGCUUCAAAAAUGGCGUUGUCGAAAGCCGUUGACCGGGUGCUUUGAUGUGGUGAAAUAUAUGGAGGAAUGGGUGUUCGCUAAACCGUCGGAAGAGAAUGGAUGGACAAUUCUU